AUGAAAGGCUUCUCAUUUCUCCCUGUGUUUCUCUUUGCCAUCUUCCUUGUUCUAUGCCUGCGGGGAGCCAAAGCAGCUGAUCAUCAAGCACAGAAUGAUGGUGUUUACAUUGUGUACAUGGGAGCUGCUACUACACGAAAUGGUUCCCCAAGGGCUGACCAUCUUCAUCUUCUCAACUCUGUGUUAAGAAGGAAAAGAGAUGCAAUCGUGCACAACUAUAAAAAUGGUUUCUCAGGCUUCGCAGCUCGGUUGUCAAAGACAGAAGCACAGUCAAUUGCUCAACAACCAGGAGUUGUAUCGGUGUUUCCUGAUCCACUAUUGCAACUUCACACAACUCGUUCAUGGGACUUUCUCAAACAUCAAACCGAUCAAAUAAUUGAUGCUAGCUCUAGUUCCUACUCAUCUAAUUCACAAUCCUCUAGUUCAGACACUAUUAUUGGCAUAUUGGAUACAGGUAUUUGGCCGGAAUCAGAAAGCUUUAGUGACAACGAUAUGGAUCCAAUUCCAUCAAGAUGGAAAGGAACUUGUGAGGAAGGGAAGCGUUUUAACUCCUCUAAUUGUAACAAAAAGCUAAUUGGAGCAAGAUAUUAUGGUGACGACACAUCGGAGUAUCAAACGCCUAGGGAUUUCUUGGGGCAUGGUACACAUGUGGCCUCAACCGCUGCAGGGAGUUUGAUUCCUAAUGCAUCGUAUUAUGGCUUGGCAAUGGGAACUGCUGUGGGUGGAUCAUCCAAGUCAAGGAUUGCUAUGUAUAGGGUGUGUUUGCCAAUUGGGUGCCCUGGGUCUUCUAUCAUGGCAGGAUAUGAUGACGCAAUCGCAGAUGGUGUCGAUGUGCUAUCACUGUCGCUUGGUGCUUCAUCAUUUUUUAAACCUGAUCUAUCGACUGAUCCAAUUGCCAUUGGAGCAUUUCAUGCAGUUGAGAAAGGAAUUACCGUCGUUUGCUCGGCAGGGAAUGAUGGGCCUGACGCUGAAACUGUCACAAAUGAAGCUCCAUGGAUUUUGACUGUUGCUGCUACCACCAUUGACCGAGAUUUUGAGUCUGAUAUUGUCGUAGGAGGAAACAAAGUCUUUAAGGGUGAAGGCAUACAAUUUUCCAAUCUAGGAAAUUCUCCAGUGUACCCGUUCCUAUAUGGCAAAUCGGCCAAAUAUAGCAGUGAAGAUGAAGCAAGAAAUUGCAAUCCAGGUUCACUAGAUAAAAACAUGACAAAGGGGAAAAUUGUUCUCUGUGAUAAUGAUGACAAAAGUUACUCCUCGAGACAGAAGAUACAAGAAGUGCAGAGCCAAGGAGGAAUUGGAUUAGUUUUGGUGGAUGAUCAAAGUGGAGUAGUUGCUUUUAACUAUAAAUCUUUUCCGGUGUCUGUAAUCACUUCAAAGGACGCUCCUAAUAUCCUAUCUUAUAUCACUUCAACAAAAAACCCAGUGGCUACUAUUCUGCCUACCAAAACAGUGAUAAAAUACAAGCCGGCACCUACCAUUGCUUACUUCUCAUCAAGAGGUCCUUCAUCGGCUAUAUUAAACCUUCUCAAGCCUGAUAUUGCUGCACCAGGGGUGAACAUUUUGGCAGCAUGGAUUGGCAAUGACACAUCACAAACUCCAGAAGGAAAGGAGCCUCCACUAUUUAAUAUUAUCUCAGGAACUUCGAUGUCUUGUCCACAUGUUUCAGGCGUCGCUGCCACACUCAAAUCCCAAAAUCCCACAUGGAGCCCCGCUGCAAUUAGAUCGGCUAUUAUGACAACAGCAACUCAGACAAAUAAUUUGAAGGCCCGAAUAACAAUUGAUUCUGGUUUGGAAGCCACUCCUUUCGAUUAUGGUGCAGGAGAGAUAAGCCCAUUGGGAUCACUACAGCCAGGGCUAGUCUACGAGACAGACAAAAUUGAUUACUUGCUGUUUCUUUGUUAUUAUGGAUAUGAUUUAUCAAAGAUUAAACUAAUCUCGCCGACCCUACCUGAUGGAUUUGCUUGUCCCAAGAAUUCAACUAGUGACUUAAUCUCCAAUAUCAACUACCCAUCAAUAACCAUCUCCAAGUUUGAUGGAAAAGGAAGCAAGGUAGUGACUAGAACCGUUACGAACGUUGGGGCUAGUGAUGAAACAAUUUAUACAGCAAGUAUUGAUGCACCAAGCGGAAUGAAUGUCAAAGUAGUGCCGAAUAAACUACAAUUUAUGAAGAAUACAAAUAAGUUGAGUUACCAAGUGACUUUCUCACUAUCAAAAUCUGCUGCAUUCAAAGGAGAUGCAUUUGGGUCAAUUACAUGGACUAAUGGCAAGUAUAUAGUCCGAAGUCCAUUUGUUGUUAGCAAUAGGAGUGGUUAA